CUCGCAAUUCGUAUCGAAACGUGAAAGAAACCAGACGUGCGCUCGGUACUAUGAGAAGUGCAGAUAGCAAAUAAAUUUGAGACUUAAAAAAAUAACAACGCGUGUUGAAGCAAACUGAGCCAGACAAUUAACCAAGCAAGCCCAACUGAGAGAGUCCGGAAAAGCACGAAAAUGUGGAGCCCAACAAAAGCAGCGGAGGCAGCAACAAAGGCAACAGCAACAAGUGACUGCAGCUGCAGCGCUGCCAGUGUUGAAGAACGAGGCCCCGCUAAUAUCGCAAACCCCUCAUCCACUAGCGGUAAAUUUGGCGGCAAAACAGAAGAUCAAACGGCCGCCAUUAGCAAGCAAAAGGAAUUUGCCGUGCCAAACGAAACCAGUGAUUCGGGCUUUAUUUCGGGCCCGCAAUCCUCGCAGAUCUUUAGCGAGGAGAUAACCCCUGAGUCUGAGGAGCAGGACCAGGAUAGCAAGGAUAAGGAGCAGGUUCAGAAGGAGUCGGAACUCCAGAACGCACAGCCCGUGGUCCUUGAUUCCGGCAUUAUCGACGAGGAGGAGGAUCAGGAACCGGAACAGGAUCAGGAGAAACAGCAACAGGAUAGCACCGCCGAUCAAAUGCGACUAAAAAACAGCACGGACACAGGUAUUCCACAAUGGACCGUCCAAAGCAAUUUGGCCAAUCGCGGCGAACAGCUUAACAACCUCGGCCAGAGCAGCCCCCAAACCUCCAACCGCAGCAAGCUGCAAUCCUCCACAGCCAACACCAUAAUCCCGAAUUCCUCCGGAUCUGGAGCAGCCACAUCCGCUCCACCCAGCAGCAUCAGCAUUAUGAACGCCUGGGAGCAGUUCUACCAGCAAAACGACGACGGUGACACACCACUGCACCUGGCCUGCAUCUCGGGAUCCGUGGACGUGGUGGCCGGCUUAAUUCGUAUGGCACCGCAUCCGUGCCUGCUUAACAUCCAGAACGAUGUAGCACAAACUCCCCUUCAUUUGGCCGCCCUUACUGCCCAGCCGAAUAUUAUGCGAAUGCUCCUGCUAGCCGGAGCUGAGCCCACGAUUCGCGAUCGUCAUGGCAACACGGCUCUGCAUCUUUCUUGCAAUGCUGGCGAGAAACAGUGCGUACGUGCCUUAACAGAGAAGUUCGGAGCCACCGAGAUCCAUGAGGCCCACCGACAAUACGGACACCGUUCCAACGAUAAGGCGGUGAGCUCCCUUAGCUACGCUCGUCUGCCCGCCGACCUGGAGAUUCGAAACUAUGAUGGAGAGCGCUGUGUACAUUUAGCUGCCGAAGCGGGUCACAUUGAUAUCUUACGCAUUUUGGUGUCCCAUGGAGCUGACAUUAACGCUAGGGAGGGCAAAUCAGGACGCACCCCACUGCACAUUGCGAUCGAAGGCUGCAACGAGGAUCUGGCCAACUUCCUGCUCGAUGAGUGUGAGAAGCUCAACCUGGAGACGGCCACCUAUGCCGGACUGACGGCCUACCAGUUCGCUUGCAUCAUGAACAAGUCGCGAAUGCAGAACAUCCUGGAGAAACGCGGAGCGGAGACCGUAACGCCACCGGACAGUGAUUACGACAGUAGCGAUAUCGAAGAUCUAGACGAUACGAAGACGUACGAUCGCUUUGGUGAUCCCCGCUAUUUUGUCAGCUACAAUGGUGGUAACCCCAUGACUGUCGCCUAAAUGCCCAAUCCAAUCUGUACAUACGAUUUAGACUAAACAUAUAUAUGAUUAACAAAACCCGAACUCCCAACCUGGUUGAAUUGAUGUUCCCGAACGCACACGUUUCCUGCCCUGAAAAGUAUGCUAUAUUUCUUGACAUACGUUCACAAAAAGCAUCCACGAAAUGGAAACCAAAUGUACUUACUAUCCCAGCCGUAAACGAAUUAAAUUGCUUGUGCUAACGAUAGUAUUUAGAGCGAAAUAAAGCAUACAAGGAUGCAGAA